AUGAUUCGUUGAAUCGACGGUGGAGAUCUAUUAAGAGCAGCAAAAAUGUUUUUUUUAUUUUAUUUCAUUAAAUCUAUACAUUUCAGAAAUGUACGUACAUACACAAUCGCCUCGCAUCCCCUCUCUCGCGAAACCAAAAUCGACUACUGUUGUUUCCGAUUCUAUCUCUCUCUAAAAUCCAAUCACUUUCUUUCUCUAUUAGAUCCCUAAAUUUUUGCACUCCGUUUCAAAACCCUAGCGAUCGAGCAGCUGAUCAAUUCUCGUUUUUCUCAGUGCAUUGCGACGACCACCGCUUUGUUUCUUGAAUUCAAUUUCUAUUCCUGGGAAGGGGUGAUGAAAAUUGGAGGAUGAACGAUGCCGGUGCUGCGUGGCGGAGUGCGCAGAGGCCGGAGAGGGAACCAGAAGCAGGACCAGCCACUGCCGGAUAAGGACGGCGACAACGUCGGUAAGAAUCAGAAUCAGGACAAUAAGAGAAGUAGGCAGCCGGCAGAGGAAAACGCUGCGAUAGCUACGCGUACGAGGAGGAGGAGAGCGGCGGCGGCUGCAGUUGCGGCACCUGUUGAUGACAAAAUAGUUACUGUAGUGGAAGCGGCAGCAGCACCUGAAGUCAAGGAGGUUGAAGAAGAUAAGCGGGUUUCGGAGGAGGAGAGAGAGGAGGUCGGCGAGAAAUCAAUGGAUGAGUAUGAUAGCGGCGGCAAAAGCCCAGACAAGGCGAAUGGUGCUGACGAUGAUUUACCUUCGCCUCUCCCUGAGAAGGUUCAGGUUGGUGGUUCACCAACAUACAAACUUGAAAAAAAGCUGGGCAAGGGAGGUUUUGGACAAGUGUAUGUUGGUCGCCGUAUCACUGGUGGUAACGUUAAUGAAAGGACGGGGCCUGGAGCCAUAGAGGUGGCCUUAAAAUUUGAACAUCGCAAUAGUAAAGGAUGUAACUAUGGUCCACCUUAUGAGUGGCAAGUUUACAAUACUUUAGGAGGAAGCCAUGGUGUUCCACGAGUUCACUACAAAGGACGACAGGGUGACUAUUAUGUUAUGGUCAUGGAUAUGCUUGGACCAAGCCUGUGGGAUAUUUGGAAUAAUAAUUCUCACAGUAUGUCGGUUGAAAUGGUGGCUUGCAUUGCCAUCGAAUCAAUUUCUAUAUUAGAGAAAAUGCACUCAAAAGGAUAUGUUCAUGGGGAUGUGAAGCCUGAGAACUUCUUGCUUGGUUCUGUAGGAAGUUCUGAUGAAAAAAAGUUAUUCCUGGUUGAUCUUGGUUUAGCUACUAGAUGGAGAGAUGGCAAUACGGGUCUGCAUGUUGAAUAUGAUCAACGGCCGGAUGUCUUCAGGGGUACUGUUCGAUAUGCCAGUGUUCAUGCUCAUUUAGGUAGAACGGGUAGUCGGAGAGAUGAUUUAGAAUCUCUUGCUUAUACACUUGUCUUCCUUUUGAAAGGACGUCUGCCUUGGCAAGGAUACCAGGGUGAAAACAAAGGAUUUCUUGUUUGCAAGAAGAAAAUGGCGACACCGCCAGAGGCACUUUGCUGCUUCUGUCCACAACCUUUCAAAUCGUUUGUGGAAUAUGUGGUAAAUUUGAAGUUUGAUGAGGAACCUAAUUACGCAAAAUGUAUAUCUCUCUUUGAUGGGAUAGUUGGACCAAAUCCAGAUAUCAGACCUAUCAAAACUGAGGGUGCACAGAAGCUUAUUUAUCAGGUUGGUCACAAGAGAGGCAGGCUCACUUUUGAAGAUGAGGAAGAUGAACAGCCUAAAAAGAAAGUCCGAAUGGGGUUGCCUGCAACACAGUGGGUUAGCAUUUAUAAUGCUCGUAGACCUAUGAAACAAAGAUAUCACUAUAAUGUGAUGGAUGUGAGGCUUUCCCAGCACAUUGAGAAGGGGACGGAAGAUGGCUUAUACAUUAGUUGCGUAGCAUCUUGCCAAAAUUUGUGGGCAUUGAUAAUGGAUGCUGGUACCGGCUUCUCUGCUCAAGUAUAUGAACUGUCACCUUUCUUUCUUCACAAGGAAUGGAUAAUGGAACAAUGGGAAAAGAAUUUCUAUAUCAGUGCAGUCGCAGGAGCCAGCAACGGUAGUUCCUUAAUUGUUAUGUCGAGAGGGACACAGUAUGUGCAACAAUCCUACAAAGUUAGUGAUUCUUUUCCAUUUAAGUGGAUAAACAAAAAGUGGAGGGAAGGUUUCUACAUAACCUCCAUGGCUACAUCAGGGACUAGAUGGGCUGUGGUUAUGUCUCGUGGUGCUGGAUUUUCGGACCAGGUUGUGGAACUUGAUUUUCUAUAUCCAAGCGAGGGCAUCCACCGACGUUGGGACAAUGGAUACCGUAUAACUGCGACAGCUGCAACUUCUGACCAGGCUGCUUUUGCCCUAAGCGUGCCGAGAAGAAAGCCGAUGGAUGAAACGCAGGAAACGUUGCGUACAUCCACGUUUCCGAGCACCCAUGUCAAGGAGAAAUGGGCGAAAAAUCUAUACAUUGCAUCGGUUUGCUAUGGGCGUACAGUUUCUUAGAGGGGGCGGCGACGCCUGAGGUUGAACGACUUGAACAUCGGAACCGUGUACAGGAGGGUAAUGGUGGUGUGCAAGAAGUUUUCCAGCGAAAACAAGCGUAGUAGUUGUAGGCACAGUACAAAAGGUAGUGUUAGGAUCUUGUGUUGCGUAAAAGGAGCCUAACGUCUUUGUUUUUCUUUUGUCUUUCGUCGAAUUCAAAUGUUAACAAGUGCUCAUUUAGAUUAUAUGCUAUUGCUGACUAACCAGUGUUUAUAUUGCUCUC